UUGGGGAUUUAACGUUGAUUAUUUCUUGUUCCUUAUAUGAUCAUACGUGUAUACUUGAAUGGUGCCUUCUUGCAUUACCUCUGCUUAUAUGUAGAUUUGUUUUUGUAGUAUAGCGUGUGUAGCAUUCAAAAUCAUUCCUAUUUAUUGAGACCAAAUGUACUGCUGUUAAACAGUAUAGAGCAAGUAUUUUCUCCUAUCUUCCUGUCUGCACUUUUAUUAAUGCCUUGGCUUUUUAGAGUUGUGCUCUACGUGUGGCAUUUCAUGGAGGUAUUCCAUAUGUUUCAGUGUUGUGGUGAAAUCCUACACAGAGCCUUCGCUGUGCGCUACCACUAACUUCUUCAUGAUUGGUGUGUUCCCUGUGGGACAGUUGCGCUAAUGUGAUUAGCAUGAGGUUGUAUGUAACAAAAACAUAUCUGAUAUUGGCAGAAAGCUUAAAUUCUUGUAAAUCUAACUGCACUGUCCAGUUUAGUGACUAUUACAGUGAAAUAAUACCAUACUAUUGUUUGAGGAGAGUGCAGUUUUGAACAUGAAAUGUAAGUAAUUAAACAAAUUAGGCACAUUUGGGCAGUCUUGAAACCAUACACCGUACACCUAGCGACCUGGUCAGCCACAGGAGUCGCUAGUGCGAUGAAAGACAAGGACAUCCCUACCGGCCUAACCCAGGCAACGCUAGGCCAAUUGUACGUUGCCCCAUAGACCUCCCAGUCACGGCCGGCUGCGACAGAGCCUCUAGUGGCACAACUAGCACAGCAAUGCAGUGCCUUAGACCGCUGUGCCACCGGGAGGCCCACUUUGGGGACAUUUUAAAGGCCUUUUAUGUAUUGAAUCACACACACCCAUUAAUGUAACCCACUCCCUCUGUCAGGAAUACAGAUACUUUUGGACAUGUAGUGUAUGUGGACACCCCUUCAAAUUAGUGGAUUUGGCUAUUUCAGCCAUAUCUGUUGCUGACAGGUGUAUAAAAUUGAGCACACUGCCAUGCAAUCUCCAUUUACAUACAAUGACAAUAGAAUGCCCCGUACUGAAGAACUCUGUGACUUUCAAUGUGGAACCAACAAGUCAGUUCGUAAAAUUUUGGCCCUGCCAGAGCUUCCCCGGUCAACUGUAAGUACUGUUAUUGUGAAGUGCAAACAUCCAAGAGCAACAAUGGCUCAGCCGCGAAGUGAAAAUCAUACAAAAUAACAAAAUUCCUGCAGUUUAUUUUUAUUUGGAAACUAAUAUUAUACUCGUUUGACUGCUUACAUUACAGUAUUCAUAGUUAUUCUGCUGUUAUGAAGUCAAAUGCUUUGUGGUAUGAUCUUAGAUUCACAGAUGGUGUUGCAUAGUUUCCUACUCAAGCUGAUCAGUGUUUUGUUUCUGCAGCACCAGACCAAUCAGACCUUUGAGUACAACAGGACAAAUAGGGUAAAUGCUCAGAGCCACUGUCUUAAGUCUCUCCCAUCUUCACCUUCCAAAGAACAUUUGCCAGGAGCUACACGUGACAGGCACACAAAUCCUAUCCUCCUCUCCUCCCCCUUCUGCUUUUCUAACUUCUCUUCCCCCUCACCACUCUCCCACUGUAAACAGUCUGUCUUCAAAAGGCUGUGUAAUCCCAGAAGCAUCCUUGCUUCUUUUGGGUGGUGUUCUUUCAGAGUAUUAAUCACCCUGUGAAGUGAAAGGGAAAAUAUGACCCAUGCAGCAUAUAUCCAAAAUGUAUGUCAUUGUCAAGUCCUGGUUUGUUGAGACAGGAUAUUACAGCAUUCAAUAAAUCAUGACUUUCAAUGAGGUUUUAUUGUUUGGUAUUAAAUAGGUCUAUCCUAUAUAACUACAAAUUACAGAACAAUGUAUUUAAUUGCACUUGACCAUUCUUCAUAUAUGACAGUCUUGCUGUCCUUGAGAUGUAUAUAUUUUGACAAAAGGGAGAAAGGGACACUGGAUGAGAGGAAAGUGUGAACAGCCAAUGUGAAUGAGCCAGACACAGAAAGCAGAGAAGAGCAAACUGCAGACUGUGGUACUGACAGAUACAGUUGCUAGAGUGAGAACAAAAGCAACAGUGAGAAGUGUUUGAUCAGGCCUCUUCCAAGUCAGUUGCCUCCUACCUCCCCAGACAGAGACAUACAGACACAGCUGCCAGACAAAAAUACCCCUGGGCCUGGCCUCAACCAACCCCAAAGAAGGGGAGGACAUCCAGGCAGACCUGUACAACUCUUUCUCCUAUGGAGUAAGCCUUCCCAGGACUUCCACUCUCAAGGCCCUAGACUCCCACAGCCCCCCCACACACACAGAUGGUACAGUCCCAGGAAGGCCAGUCUAUAUUUGGAGGGUGGGGUCGGGCUGAGGAGAAGGGCAGGUGCUGAAAGUUUUAGAAGCGCACUCCAGACAGCACUACUCCUUCUCCCUCUCUUUUUAACCUCUAUCUGUGAGGUGUUCCAGUUUUGUCCACUUGGUAAUGACCCUGGAUAUGGACAACGUAGAGGUGUUUGAUGCUGGGGAGAAGGGCAGGGGUCUUAGGACCACCAAAGACCUUUGGGCUGGGGAGGUAGUGUUCGCUGAGCCCAGCUUCGCUGCAGUGGUCUUCGACAGUCUGUCUCAGCAGGUGUGCCAUAGCUGUUUCCGUCGCCAGGCCAACCUGCACCGCUGUGCCCAGUGUAAAUUCGCCCACUACUGUGACCGAACCUGCCAGACUGCAUGCUGGGAUGAGCACAAGCAGGAGUGUGCCGCCAUCAAGAAGUACGAAAAGGCCCCUAAUGAGAAUGUACGUCUUACUGCCCGUGUGCUGUGGCGCAUACAGAAGGACACAGGCAUUGUGUCGGACGGCCAGCUGACUUCUGUGGACCAGCUGGAGGACCAUGUGGCCGACAUGCUCGCUGAGGACUUCAAAGAGCUCAAGAUCGACAUGCAAAACUUCCUGGACUACUGUCCCAAAACUAGGCAUGGCAAGGAGUACAUCUCACACAUCUUUGGCAUAAUCAAGUGUAAUGGCUUUACUCUGAGUGACCAGAGGGGUCUGCAGGCGGUGGGAGUGGGUCUGUUCCCUAACCUGUGUCUCGUCAACCACGACUGCUGGCCCAACUGUACUGUCAUCCUGAACCAUGGCAAUCAGUCAACUCUGAACGCAGCCUACCACUCUAAAAGGAGGAUCGAGCUGCGUGCGCUCAGUAAGAUUUCUGAGAACGAGGAACUGACGGUGGGCUACGUGGACUUCCUGAAUGUGUCAACGGACCGCCAGCGCGCCCUGAAGCACCAGUACCACUUUGACUGUACCUGUAAAAGCUGCAGCGAGCACCUCAAGGAUGACCUAAAGAUGGCUGUCAAGGAGACCGAUGGAAACAAGCCCUCUGAUCAACUGGUAAAGGAGGUACAGGAGUUCAGUUUGGAGUGCUUGGCCAAGGUUGAGGCAGCUCGCACUGCUGGCGACUUCCAUGAGGUGGUGAAGCUGUGUCGUGAGUGUCUAGACAAACAGGAGCCCGUGUUUGGUAAGACACACCUGUACCAUCUGCGUAUGCUGAGUACAGCCAGUGAGGUGCUGUCCUACCUGCAGUUCUUCUCAGAGGCUGCAGAAUAUGCAGGCAGACUGGUGGAGGGCUACAUGAAGUUGUACCAUCCCAAUAAUGCCCAUUUGGGCAUGGCCACCAUGCGUGCUGGUGUGACCCACUGGCACGCAGGGCUCAUCAAGGUCGGCCAUGAAAUGAUCUGCAAGGCCUACGCCAUCCUCAUGGUCACCCAUGGACCCAACCACCCUAUUACCAAGGACCUUGAGUCAAUGCGUAUGCAGACUGAGAUGGAGCUGAGGAUGUUCAAGCAGAACGAGCAUGUCUACCACAGCAUGAGAGAGGCUGCCCUGCAGAACAAGCCCAUGGCUGAAGCAAGCAGUGUUGAGGACAACAUAAAGGCACUCAGCCACAAGCUUCUGUAGACACUGCAUUUCAAGGGUAUGAGUGGUCACCAAAUCUACCCAGAAGUAUCACUUCUCAAAUUGAAAGUGGGUUACACAAGUUUUGCAAUAGCUAGAUAUUCUGUUGGAAUGUAAGUAGUGAAGUUCCUGCUUUUAACAUUGAGAUUUCCAUCUGUAUGAACAACAAUAUACAAGGAGGCCUCAUCUACAUCUGUAAGGCUCAAAGUACCUGUGAAAUCAUGAUUGCUCCCACCUUUAUGCUAGUAAAGAUUGAAUCAGUGUACCAACCAUGUGCCUAAGUACCAUGUGAAAUAUUGAAUG